AUUUAAUUAAUAUAAAAUUACAUUAUAAUAUAUUCUGAAUUCUUAAAAUGAAAGGCAGUUGCGUACUGUGGAAAAAGAAGUUGCGCAUGAAUAUAAUUUUGGCGCAUGGCGUUUGUAUUCAAGUUAUCAAAGUUCGGUUGUUAUUGACAAAGAGGCCAUUUUUUUAUGACGUACUCACGUUGUUGAUUGAAAAUGGAUAGAAUGAGAGGAGAUCGAGAUUAUUCUCCUUACGGGCGAAGAAGUAUGUCUAUAUCACCAGAUUACAGAAGAGAUUCCCCAGAUUAUAGACCUAGUAGAUCAAAUUCAAGAUCACCCCACCAAAGAAGACAUAAUGGAUAUAAAAAUUCACCUUAUCACCCUGUCAAGAAAAAUUAUCAUGACCACAAUGAAGGUAGAUCUAGAGGAAGUGACUAUGAGAGCGAUAGGGAAUACAGAAGGGAAAGGGAGUCCUCAUAUGAAGAAAGGAGUCACUCGAGGAGUCCAGACGGAAGAGAUAGUCGAAAUAGAUAUCAUCGCAGGGAGCAUCGUAACAGACGUAACAGAAGAUCUAGAAGUGACUCCAGAUGGGAGAGGAAAUCUGAAGAAGGCAAAAAUCGUGACAGAGAAAGAUCUUAUCGAGAUGAUGACAGCGACAGUGAAAGAAGUCCUAAUGGUGCUGUGCUAGGAGCUAGUGGGGCAGAGAUUAUAGGUUAUAAAAGUCAGCCACCCAACAACACCAUUAUGAUAAGAGGCCUUGCUCAACACAUAACAGAAAAUGAUAUUCGACAGGACAUCAUGUUGUGUGGUCUGAUGCCCAAAGACAUAAGGCUGAUUCGUAAAAAAGAUACAGGUGCCUCUAGAGGUUUCGCCUUUGUCGAGUUUACAACACUUGCUGAAGCCACAAGAUGGAUGGACAUGAAACAGGGAGUGCUGAUGCUACAAGAUCAAUAUAGAGCAAUAAUGCAGUAUAGUAUACCCAAAGAUAUGAGUUUUGGUUACGAAAAACCUUCUAAUCAUAAGGCAUCUGCUGAUUGGUUUUGUAUAAAAUGUGGCGCACAAAAUUUCAGAAGGCGCGACAAUUGCUUCAAGUGUCAUGCGUCGAGAAUGGAAAGUGAAGAAGGAGGUAGCGGCAGUGAUGAAAUUUGUACCUAUGCUACAAAAACAAUAAUGUUGAGAAAUUUGGAUGCUCUGACUACAGAAGACUCUGUGAUGAGUGUAUUGAAAAGUGCUGUACCAGAUUUAGUAAAUAGCAUUGCUGCAGUUACAAUAGGAAGAGAUCCUCUUACUUCUACCUCUCGUGGAAUAUGCUACUUGGGUUUGGAAAGCACCAUAGAUUCUCUAACCCUAUAUGGCGCUCUAAGCAAUCUUUCUAGCCCUCUUAUUAUUGAUGGAAAAACUGUUAUACUGUCAUAUUGCAAAUAUCAAAUGGGGGAUAAUAAAAGAGCUUAUUCCGAAGCUGAAAAUGUUGCAUUUCCUAAUGCUGCUGUUCCAAGCACUUAUGCAAUGACAGAUGUAGAUAGUUUAGCUGAAUAUGCGGCUAAUCGCUAUGCCAAAACACCGCAGGAAUAUAUUCAUUAUGUUAUGUAUUACAAGGAAUAUUUCACUCAACAAAUAAGUGCCGGCAAUUCCAUAACAUUACAACAGGACAAUCAAAUGGAUGCUGCCAAUGCUGCUGCUGCAGUAGCUCAAUCGGCCAUUCAACAAGUGAAUGCUACUAAAUCAAUGUAUGAUACUUCUCAAAGGGCUAUACCUACCGGUAUAGAUGGCAAGAGAUAUCCAACACCUGAUAUUUCCAAAUAUGUUUUGGACAAAGCGAGUAAUUAUCAAUAUGACCCAAGUACAGGUUUAUAUUUUGACCCACAAACUGGUUAUUACUGGAAUCCUUUACUUCAAAUUUAUCUUUAUUGGGACCCAGAGAAAUCAACUUAUGUAAGAGCGGAGAGCACAGAACAAUAUUCUUCUUCAUCACAGCAAGUACAGGUACAAAAUUCUAAUGUGCAAACUUCAACAUCUGGUGAGCCAGAGAAUAAAAAGCAGAAACCAGAAAAACAAGAUAAAGUUAAAGUAGCUAAAAAAAUUGCUAAAGAUAUGGAACGAUGGGCUAAAACCUUGAAUCAAAAGAAGGAGAUUUGUGCAUCUAGAGCAAAUUAUGACAUGCACAAUAGUAACGGCAGUAGUGCUUCAGCAGAUAUUGGAUUUUCUGUUUUAGAAAAGAAAGUUAGCAUGACUAAUACAGUAUAUCAGAAAGAAAUACAAGAAGAAGCUCCAGCACCAAUACCUCAUGUACCUUUGGUUGCUGCUUAUGGGGGUGAAAGUGAGUCUUCAGGUGAGGAAGAUCAUUUUGAUGAAAAUGAAUUGUUAGAUUUCAAAAAACUCAUUUGUAAUCUAUGCAAAAGACAGUUGGGUUCAGCUGAGGCACUUACUAAACAUGCGCAGUUGUCAAACCUGCAUAAGCAGAAUCUGGAGGCAAUGAGAAAACUGAGAAAAUCUGAGGCCUCUGAAAAGACGGUUUACAGAGAUAGGGCUAAAGAAAGGCGGAUGAAAUAUGGAAAUCCUGAUGAACCUCGUCCAAGUAAGCUCAAAGAGAAGUUUUUGAAAUCAAAGGAAUUAGAUGCACCAGUUGCUGCAUCAGUACUUGAACCUAUUGGUUCAGAAAACGUUGGCAAUAAACUGUUACAAAAAAUGGGAUGGACCGAAGGUCAAGGUUUAGGUAAAUUAAACCAGGGCAGGACGACCAUUAUACAGGCUGAACAUCGCAGCAAUUCUGCAGGACUUGGAAAUGCAUUGCCCGGGUACAACGCUGUUGCAGGAGAGUCAUACAAAGAUUGUGUUAAGAAAAUGAUGUAUGCUAGAUAUCAAGAAUUGACCGAGAAAGAAAACUCAACAUAGUUGAUCAUCAUGAUAGAUUUCUACUUUGUAAAUAUUAGCGAGGCACUAUUUUGUUAAAUUAUCAAUUGUAAUUCAAUUUCAAUCCAAUUAUUUAAUGUUUUAUUUUUAUUAAUAUAAUGAAAUGCUGGGAUUUCCAAAUGUUCACUAGGAUUUAUUGAUUUUCCCGUAUUUUCAUUUAAUUAUUCAAUAAAACCCAAGACCAUGAAAUACUUUGAAGAUUAUCAUUCUGUGCCAAACUUAUUCGAAAAAUUUAUAGCAGUGAAUAUUAAUGAAAAUUUUUAGUUUUACAUACAUUUUAAUUUAUGCCUUAAACAAAUUCCAUGUGGAAAGAAAAAUAUACUUCUACUAUUAUUUUUCUUCAAUUGUAAAUACUUUGGUAUGUUAUAUGUAUAUGUUAGGUUUUUACACAUAAUUGGAAUAUAAGAUGAGUAUUUUGUUUGAUUUGUAUAAAUUUGAAAAAUAUAGAAAAAAUUGAAAUACUUU